AGCGACCUUCACUACCGCCAUAUUUAUGUUGUGACGGAGUCGGCGAAAUUUUAUCCUCGAUUCUUAAUUAAUUAACCAAUUAAUAACUGCUAUUUCUUAUUUUUUCUUAAUUGAUCGCCAUGGCGGAUGCUGCGGCCCGAUCACUACAAUAUGAGUACAAAGCAAAUUCCAACCUUGUACUUCAAGCCGAUCGAUCUCUUAUUGAUCGAAGAGCUCGUGAUGAAGCCACUGGUGAAGUCAUAUCCUUGGUUGGUAAACUGGAAGGCAGCCGGAUGGGGGACAAAUCGAAAAGAACAAAACCACCUCAAAUGGAAGAACGCAAAGUCAAGCGGAAGAAACGUGAUGAAGCACAAAGAGAAGUAAUGAAGAUGAAAGGAACAACAUUGUUCGAAGGCAUCAAUGAUAUGGUCGGAAUUGUCUAUCGGCCGAAGACCCAGGAGACUCGCCAGACCUAUGAGGUUCUGCUGAGCUUCAUACAAGCUGCUCUUGGAGAUCAGCCACGUGAUGUUUUGUGUGGUGCUGCUGAUGAAGUCCUUUCCGUGUUGAAGAACGACCGAAUGAAGGACAAAGAACGCAAAAGAGAAGUCGAGAGUUUGAUUGGUUCCCUUGCAGACGAGAGAUUUGCAUUGCUUGUGAAUCUCGGCAAAAAGAUCUCCGACUGGGGUUCCGAAGAGAAAAUGCAGACAGAUGAGAAUAUUGAUGAGACAUAUGGAGUUAAUGUUCAGUUUGAGGAGUCUGAAGAUGAGGAUGAUGCUGAUGUUUUUGGUGAGGUCCGUGAAGAAGAGGAAGAAGAAGACGAAGGAGAAGAAGCCGAGAUGGAUGCAACUCUCAGAGCAAAUUUGGCAGAAAGAGAAGAAAACAAGAAGAAACUAGAAGGGGGACUUCAUCCACGAGACAUUGAUGCUUUCUGGCUGCAGAGGAAGCUCAAUAAGUAUUAUCCUGACGACCCAACAGUGGCACAGACCAGGUCCAAAGAAAUCUUAGAAAUUCUCAAGAAUGCUGUCGACGACCGAGAAGCUGAGAACCAAUUAGUGAUGCUGCUGGGAGUCAGUCAGUUUGAGUUUAUCAAAAUUCUGAGACAACACAGACAAAUGGUAUUAUAUUGCACGUUGCUCGCUCAGGCCCAGAGUGCUGCUGAGAGGAAAGAAGUUGAAGAGAAGAUGGAAAAUGACCCAGACCUGUCAAAUAUCUUGAUGGCCUUGCAAGCCACCGAGAAAGAGGACAUUGUCAGUGAGCAAAGGGCUCGCAGGCACCAAGCACGCCAGUCUCGAAUGGCUGCUAACAUGGAGCCCAUGCUUGCAAAUGGUGUAGACCAGGUUAUGACCCAAGUGCAGUUGUUGGACCUAGAGGACUUAGUCUUCUCCCAAGGAAGUCAUUUGAUGGCGAAUAAAAGAUGCCAACUGCCUGACGGUUCUUUCCGGAAGCAGCGCAAAGGAUAUGAAGAAGUCCAUGUUCCUGCCUUGAAACCCAAAUCAUUUGACCAGAAUGAGACCCUGAUUCCAAUUGAACGCUUACCAAAAUAUGCUCAACCAGCUUUUGAAGGUUUCAAGAGUCUGAACCGAAUACAAAGCAGACUUUGCAAGACUGCUUUGGAAACAUCUGAAAACAUUUUGCUGUGUGCCCCAACAGGUGCCGGUAAAACCAAUGUAGCAUUACUCUGCAUGCUACGAGAAAUCGGUAAACAUGUAAACAAUAAUGGUACCAUUAAUACGGAUGAGUUUAAAGUUGUUUAUAUUGCACCCAUGAAAUCUCUUGUACAAGAAAUGGUUGGAAAUUUUACCGAGAGAUUGAAAUCAUAUGGUUUGAAAGUUGCUGAACUGACAGGAGAUCACCAGUUGACAAAGGAACAGAUCACCGCAACUCAAGUAAUUGUCUGCACUCCAGAGAAAUGGGACAUCAUCACUCGUAAAGGUGGCGAGAGAACCUACACUCAAGCUGUGCGACUCAUGAUUUUUGAUGAGAUCCACUUGCUGCAUGAUGACCGAGGCCCUGUCUUAGAAUCUCUUGUAUCCAGAACAAUCCGGAACAUAGAAACAACUCGGGAGGAAGUCCGUUUAGUGGGUCUCAGUGCCACACUCCCCAAUUAUGAAGACAUAGCAACAUUCCUUAGAGUUGAUGCCUCACAGGGCCUCUUCUUCUUCGACAACAGCUACCGGCCGGUGCCACUGGAACAGCAGUUUAUUGGAAUCACCGAGAAGAAAGCUGUGAAACGAUUUCAAAUUAUGAAUGAAAUUGUGUACGAAAAAGUGAUGGAGCAUGCCGGUAAAAACCAGGUUCUGGUUUUUGUUCAUUCCCGUAAAGAAACCGGCAAAACUGCCCGUGCGAUUCGAGACAUGUGCCUUGAGAAAGAUACGUUGGGGUCUUUUUUGAAAGAAGGGUCAGCUUCUACUGAAGUAUUAAGAAAUGAAGCCGAGCAAGUGAAGAAUCUCGAGUUAAGGGAUCUGCUUCCAUACGGUUUUGCCAUUCACCACGCCGGAAUGACUAAAGUAGAUCGAGCUCUUGUGGAAGAUCUCUUUGCAGAUCGUCACAUCCAGGUGUUGGUGUCCACCUCAACCCUUGCUUGGGGUGUUAAUUUACCUGCACAUACCGUAAUCAUCAAAGGAACACAGGUGUACAGCCCGGAAAAAGGAAGAUGGGUUGAAUUGAGUGCUUUGGAUGUUAUGCAGAUGCUUGGUCGAGCAGGUCGGCCCCAAUAUGACACAAGAGGAGAAGGUAUCAUGAUAACAAACCAUAGCGAACUUCAAUAUUACCUUUCACUCAUGAACCAACAGUUGCCAAUUGAAAGCCAGUUCAUUACAAAGCUUGCCGAUAAUCUCAAUGCUGAAGUGGUCCUUGGCACCGUCCAGAACAUGAAAGAAGCCAUUAAUUGGCUCGGCUACACAUACCUCUAUAUCCGCAUGCUGCGUUCUGGCCCUCUUUAUGGUGUUAGUAUUGACCACCAGAAAGACGAUCCUGUCUUAGAACAAAGACGGAAAGACCUCGUCCACUCAGCUGCGUCUUUACUCGACAAACACAAUUUGAUGAAAUAUGACCGUAAAACUGGAAAUUUUCAGGUAACGGAGCUUGGUCGUAUUGCUAGCCAUUUCUAUUGUAGUCAUGAAACUAUGGCAACAUACAACCAACUUUUGAAACAAACUCUUAGCGAAAUCGAACUCUUCAGGGUUUUCUCGUUGUCUUCGGAAUUCAGAAACAUCACAGUCCGUGAGGAAGAAAAACUGGAAUUGCUAAAGCUUCUUGAACGUGUGCCGAUUCCAAUCAAGGAAAGUAUUGAAGAACCCAGUGCCAAGGUGAAUGUCCUGCUACAAGCCUACAUCUCACAAUUGAAACUGGAAGGCUUUGCGUUGAUGGCUGACAUGGUAUUUAUCACUCAGUCGGCCGGCCGGCUCAUGAGAGCCAUUUUUGAGAUAGUCUUACAUCACGGCUGGGCCCAGUUGGUCGACAAAGCCCUCACACUCUGCAAGAUGGUUGACAAAAGAAUGUGGCAAUCCAUGAGCCCUCUGCGUCAGUUCCGGAAAAUUCCUGAGGAAGUAAUUAAAAAAAUAGAGAAGAAAAAUUUCCCCUUUGACCGUCUGUAUGAUUUGAACCCUAACGAAAUUGGUGAGUUCAUACGAAUGCCAAAAAUGGGCAAGACCAUCCACAAAUAUGUGCACCAGUUUCCCAAACUGGAACUUUCGGUUCAUAUCCAACCAAUCACGCGGUCCACCCUCAAAGUCGAACUGACCAUCACUCCUGAUUUCCAAUGGGAAGAGAAGGUUCAUGGCCACUCUGAGGCUUUCUGGAUUCUAAUAGAAGACGUCGACAGUGAGGUCAUCCUUCAUCAUGAAUAUUUCUUACUAAAAAGCAAAUUCAACCAAGAUGAACAUGUGGUGAAGUUCUUUGUUCCUGUAUUUGAACCUCUUCCGCCACAGUAUUUCAUCAAAGUCAUAUCAGAUAGAUGGAUUGGUGCUGAAACUCAAUUGCCAGUAUCAUUUCGCCACCUGAUCCUGCCAGAACGGUACCCUCCUGCCACAGAACUUCUCGAUCUUCAACCAUUGCCUGUUUCUGCUUUACGAAAUUCAAUUUUUGAGGCUCUUUACAGUGAAAAGUUCCCAUUCUUCAAUCCAAUUCAGACACAAGUUUUUAAUGCCAUCUACAACAGUGACGACAAUGUUUUUGUCGGAGCACCAUCAGGAAGUGGAAAAACUAUUUGUGGAGAAUUUGCAGUUCUACGAAUGUUGUCCCAGAACCCCGAUGGCAGAUGUGUUUAUGUGACAUGUUUGGAAACUCUUGCCCAACAGACCUACACCGAUUGGUACAACAAGUUCUGUCUCCAGAUGGGCAAAAGAGUCGUGUUGCUGACAGGUGAAACUGCCACAGAUCUCAAACUACUUGCUAAAGGUAACAUAAUAAUCAGCACACCUGAGAAGUGGGAUGUGCUUUCACGGCGUUGGAAACAGAGGAAGAAUGUACAGAGUGUCAAUCUAUUUAUUAUUGAUGAGCUUCAUUUGAUCGGAGGUGAUGUUGGCCCAGUUUUAGAAGUGAUCUGCUCUCGAAUGAGAUACAUUUCCUCUCAACUAAACCGGAAUAUUCGAAUUGUGGCUUUGAGCUCAUCGUUGUCCAACGCUAAGGACAUCGCACAAUGGCUCGGCUGCAGUACGGGAGGCUUUUUCAACUUCCAUCCAAAUGUUCGGCCAGUUCCUCUGGAAUUGCAUAUACAGGGUUUUAAUAUCAGCCACAACGCAUCCCGCAUCGUUGCCAUGUCCAAGCCUACCUACCAAGCCAUCCUGCGUCAUUCCACCAAGAAACCUGUCCUGGUGUUUGUUCCAUCUCGCAAACAAACUCGUCUCACUGCCAUCGACAUUCUGACCUUUUGUGCCGCUGACCUACAGCCCAAUCAUUUCUUGCACGUGCCACAAACCGAUCUGGAUCCCUUUGUUAGCAAGAUCAAUGAUAAGACUUUAAGGGAGACUCUGAGCAAUGGUGUAGCGUAUCUACAUGAAGGACUCAAUGAUACCGAACGCAAAGUGAUUGAGCAGCUUUUCAUGAGUGGAGCAAUACAACUGGUGGUAGCUUCCCGCAAUCUUGCCUGGGGGAUGACCAUGACGUCUCAUCUGGUCAUCGUGAUGGACACACAGUACUACGAUGGCAAAGCACACUCUUAUGAAGAUUAUCCAAUCACAGAUGUGCUGCAGAUGCUCAGCCGUGCCAACAGACCACUCCAAGACCAGGAAGGGAAAUCUGUUAUACUCUGCCAGAGCUCUAAAAAAGAAUUCUUCAAGAAAUUUCUCUACGAACCUUUACCUGUUGAAAGCCAUCUUGACCAUUGCCUCCAUGACCACUUCAAUGCUGAAAUUGUAACCAAAACCAUUGAAAACAAACAAGAUGCUGUGGACUACCUCACCUGGACUUUCCUCUACAGACGAAUGACACAGAACCCUAAUUACUACAACUUACAAGGUGUGUCGCAUCGUCAUUUGUCAGAUCAUCUCUCAGAAUUAGUGGAGAAUACAAUCAAUGAUUUGGAACAGUCAAAGUGUAUCAGUGUUGAAGACGAAAUGGAUGUCGCCCCACUCAACCUGGGUAUGAUCGCUGCCUAUUAUUACAUCAAUUACACAACAAUCGAAUUGUUCAGCAUGUCUUUGAAUGCUAAAACUAAAGUGAAAGGACUCAUUGAAAUCAUCUCGAAUGCUGCAGAAUAUGAAUCCAUCUCAAUUCGGCAUCAUGAGGACCAAGUGCUGAAACAGUUGGCCACACGUUUGCCCCACAAACUGGCAAACCCAAAAUACAACGACCCCCACAUGAAGACAAACCUGUUGUUACAAGCCCAUUUGUCUCGGCUGCAAUUAUCUGCAGAAUUACAGUCAGACAAGGAACUGAUUCUGAGUAAAGCUAUUCGCUUGAUCCAAGCUUGUGUGGAUGUCCUGAGUAGCAACGGUUGGCUGAGUCCUGCUCUUUCUGCCAUGGAACUUACUCAAAUGGUUACCCAGGCGAUGUGGAGUAAAGAUUCCUACCUGAAGCAGCUACCGUUCUUUACUAACGAAACCAUCAUCAGAUGUCAAGAGAAGGGUCAUGAAACUAUAUUUGACAUCAUGGAGAUGGAAGACGAUGAGCGCAAUGCUCUGCUGCAGUUGUCCGACACUGAGAUGGCUGGCGUGGCAAGGUUCUGUAACCGAUAUCCCAACAUUGAGUUGACCUUUGAGGUUCAAGAUAAAGACAUCAUCAAAAGUGGUUCUACUGUGAAUGUACUUGUCACACUUGAGAGAGAAGACGAAAUAACUGGACCUGUCAUUGCUCCGUUUUUCCCACAGAAACGAGAAGAAGGAUGGUGGGUAGUUAUUGGUGAUUCCAAGACAAAUUCCUUGUUAUCCAUCAAGCGCCUGACUUUACAGCAAAAGGCCAAAGUAAAACUCGACUUUGUGGCCCCAAGUGUAGGACACCACAAUUACAUCUUGUUCUUCAUGAGUGAUGCCUACAUGGGCUGCGACCAAGAAUACAAGUUCUCCAUUAAUGUCAAUAAAGCCGAAGAGGAGGAUGACAUGAGCAGCGGUGAUAAUGCUAGUGACAUGGAAUGAGCGCUAACGGGUGUUCAAAUUCUUUGAAUCCGGUUCCUUUGUACAGUUUCCAUUAACUUCUAUAUUCUUAUUGGACUGAUCUAAAUCAAUAUUUACAAAUCAAAUCUAUCCAUAAUUUUUUUUUUCUAUAUCAUUAAAAUCAUUUGUUUUCUAUUAA